ACUUGCAGGCAACAGAAGUGAAAAUUGAUGCUAAUUCUCUUCCCUCCCUCUUUUCAUUUACAGGUCGCCUGGUUGGUGCCCUGGACGCCGUGUUAGACUCUAAUGCACGUGUCGCUCCGUUUCGAAUUUUACUCCAAGUUCCAGGCUCACAGGUUUACUCUGCCAUUGCAUGUGGUGCCACUGCAGAGGAGAUAAACCAGCACUGGGAAUGGCUGGAACAAAACUUGCUCCAUACUUUAUCUGUGUUUGACAAUAAAGAAGAUAUUGUUAGUUUUGUCAAAGGGAAAGUGAAGGCGCUGAUUGCAGAGGAAACGAGCAGCAAGCUCGCGGAGCAGGAGGAAGACCCUGAGAAGUUCCGAGAAGCCCUGGUGAAAUUUGAAUCCAGAUUUAAUUUCCCUGAAGCAGAGAAGUUGAUCACCUAUUAUUCCUGUUGCUGUUGGAAAGGAAAAGUUCCUCGGCAAGGCUGGCUUUAUUUGAGUAUCAAUCACCUCUGCUUUUACUCCUUCUUCCUGGGCAAAGAAUUGAAACUUGUCAUUCCUUGGGUUGAGGUCCAGAAGCUGGAAAGAACCUCCAACGUCUUCAUGACCGACACAGUCCGCGUCACCACCCCAAAUAAAGAGCGCGACUUCUCCACGUUCCUCAAUAUCACUGAGGCUUUCAGGAUCAUGGAGCAACUGGCAGAUGUGACACUCCGAAGGCUACUGGAUAAUGAGAUCUUUGAACUGGAUCCAGGCCUGCAGGAUCCUACUCAGAUUACCAAGAGGGAUCUUGAAGCCAGAGCACAGAAUGAAUUCUUUCGAGCCUUCUUCAGAUUGCCCAGGAAGGAGAAGCUGCAUGAAGUUGUAGACUGUUCUCUCUGGACGCCAUUUAGUCGCUGUCACACAGCAGGAAGGAUGUAUACUUCAGACAGUUAUAUCUGUUUUGCCAGCAAAGAAAAUGGAUGCUGCAAUGUUAUCAUCCCACUUAGAGAGGUAAUCAGUAUAGAGAAGAUGGAGGACACAAGCCUUCUCCCUAACCCCAUCAUUGUUAGCAUAAGGAGCAAGACAGCCUUUCAGUUCAUUGAGCUGAAGGACCGGGAUACUUUGGUGGAGAAUCUGCUCCAGAGGCUAAAAGAAGUGAACUCCAGCAACCCAGUGCACUGUAACAGCUUGCAAAAUAAGAACCAGAACAGUCCUGCCUUUGGAUCCACGUGCACACUCAGGGACAGUGAGCCUGUGCGUCUGGGAUCAGAGGCUUCACAAGGCAAGGAGAGAAGCGAAUGUGGAAAGGACAGCAGUUAUUUGCUUAAUGCAGAAGCACUGAGAUCAGACUUCCAUCAAUCAGGAAUAGUAGGCCUGGAUUUUGGAAAGUCUAGGGAGCAAAUCAAGGAGAGCCUGUGGGAUGACCAUUUUGUAGAAUAUGGCAGAACUGUGUGCAUGUUUCGCACAGAGAAGAUUAGAAAACUUGUUGCUAUGGGAAUCCCUGAAUCCUUAAGAGGCAAACUCUGGCUGCUCUUCUCAGAUGCCGUGACAGACCUUGCCUCGCAUCCUGGUUACUACGUACAUUUGGUGGAGGCGUCCAUGGGCAAGUGCUGUAUGGCAACGGAGGAGAUUGAGCGUGACCUCCACCGCUCGCUUCCUGAGCACCCGGCCUUCCAGAGCGAGACGGGGAUAGCUGCCUUGAGGAGGGUGCUCACAGCGUACGCGCACAGGAACCCCAAAAUAGGAUACUGCCAGUCUAUGAACAUUUUGACCUCCGUGUUGCUGUUGUAUGCCAAAGAGGAAGAAGCCUUUUGGCUGCUGGUUGCUGUGUGUGAGCGAAUGCUGCCGGAUUACUUCAAUCACCGAGUGAUAGGUGCUCAGGUAGACCAGUCGGUGUUUGAAGAGCUUAUAAAAGAGCAACUUCCAGAGCUGGCUGAACAUAUGAAGGACCUGACAGCCUUAGCUUCCAUCUCUCUUUCGUGGUUCCUUACCCUUUUCCUUAGCAUCAUGCCCCUGGAAAGUGCUGUGAAUGUUGUGGACUGCUUUUUCUAUGAUGGGAUCAAAGCUAUUUUCCAGCUGGGCUUGGCCAUAUUGGAAGCCAACGCUGUGGAUCUGUGUAACAGCAAGGAUGAUGGGCAGGCCCUGAUGAUCCUGAGCAGGUUUUUAGAACAUGUCAAAAAUGAGGAAAGCCCUCUGCCACCUAUUGGUAACCACCAUGCAUUCUUCAGUGACGACCAAGAACCCUCUCCAGUGACUGAAAUAGCUAACCUGAUUCAUGACUCCUAUGAGAAAUUUGGAGACCACUCUGUGGCACAGAUAGAGCAUAUGCGCUACAAACACCGAAUCCGUGUCCUGCAGAGCCACGAAGACACAACCAAGCAAAAUGUGCUCCGAGUUGUCAUCCCAGAUGUUUCAAUUCUUCCUGAAGAUUUAGAGGAAUUGUAUGACUUAUUCAAGAGGGAACAUUUAAUAAGGUGUUACUGGGAAACGACGAGCCCAGUCAGCGAGCGACACGACCCCAGCAGACCGUACGCCGAGCAGUACCGCAUCGAUGCCCAGCAGUUCGCCAACCUGUACAGGCUGGUCUCGCCCUGGACCUGUGGGGAGCACACCGAUGUCCUCGCCCAAAGGACUUUCAGGCUCCUGGAUGAGAACAUGGACAGGCUGAUUGAAUUCAAGGGGCUUGCCAGCUGCUUAGAUGUUAUGUAUAAUGGAGAAAUGAAUGAAAAGAUAAAGUUACUAUACAAGCUGCAUAUCCCACCGGCUCUCACAGAGAACGAACGAGACAGUCAGUCACCAUUGAAGAAUCCUUUGCUGUCAACUUCAAGACCACUAGUCAUUGGAAAAUCAAAUGGCGAUGCAGUAGAUUACCAGAAGCAGUUGAAGCAGAUGCUGAAGGAUCUCGCCAAAGAAAAAGAUACUAAAACUGAAAAAGAAUUGCCAAAAAUGAGCCAGAGGGAGUUCAUUCAGUUCUGCAAAACCUUGUACAGCAUGUUUCACGAAGAUCCAGAGGAGAACGAUUUGUAUCAAGCCAUUGCCACUGUAACCACACUGUUACUUCAGAUUGGAGAAGUAGGACAAAGAAGCAUCAGCCUGGGGAGUGGAUCAGACCAGUUCACUGAGGACUUGCAGCCCGAGGCCUCUGCUUUAGACCAGGAUGCUGUUUUUACUGACACUGUGAAGACCCCUCACAAAGACUCUCAACCUUCCCCUGUGACUGAAGGGGACUGGACUGUCUCUUUUGAACACAUUUUAGCAUCUCUCCUGACUGAACAGUCAUUAGUUAACUUCUUUGAAAAACCCUUAGAACUGAAGCCAAAACUUGAGAACGCAAAGUUAAAUCAAUAUAAUCUCAAAACAAAUGGAAUGAGCUGCCAGUCACGGGGGGAACAUACAAAACUAAACACACAGUCAUAGCAAACCCAUCAAAACUGAAAUGCACUGAAGUAAUGCCAAAGCACAUACUGUAAAAGGCUUUCAGUUACCAGUGGACUUUUGAUAAACAAUUUAUUGGUCUGUGGUUUUCAGUUUAAGAGCUUUAAAAGCUAAAGGGUGUAUAGGUUUGUUUUGUGCCA